AUGAUUAGAGCCGCAUUGGGUGAUCUUGAACAGCCAACCAUAUUUUAUUUAAAUACAAAACAAGAUAUAACAACAUUGUUUAAUGGUGCUGGCGUUAUCCUUGGACAAAAAAAUGAACUUACAGUUGAUAAAUAUCAUGAAAUUCUUCCUGGAGAACGUUUUAAAAAACGUUAUCAAAUUCUUUAUUCAACAAUAGGACUAGCCAACAAUCUGUCAAAGAUAGGCAAUGAUGCAACAAUUGGAAAAUGUAUUCACGAAUGUGAUAAUUUCGAUAUAUAUAGUAUAAUUGGACUUUCAUUAUUACCUGAGCUUGUCAACGCAUUGUUAAAUUCGCCUUGA